AUGCUAGUCUGGCGAAAGUGGAUUAAACCUGCAUUUAUUGUGACGUACAUUAUUGCGCUAUGCAUUGGCCUUCCUUUCUGCAUCGUCUUUCUCAAGAAUACUUCUGCUAACUCUAUGGAGUUUGCGUGGUUCUUCGGUGCCCUUUUUGUCGUUGGUGCAGUUCCAAUAUCCUUGUGGACUAUACUAGAACAUCUUAUUAGUUAUACAAAGCCAUAUUUGCAACUGCACAUCAUCCGGUAUGACAGUUAUGUCAGUUUGACAAUUUCUAGGAUUCUUUGGAUGGUUCCAAUCUACGCUGUCAAUGCCUGGUUUGCUUUGAGGUUUCCUAAGUAUGCCAUCUACUUUGACACCCUUCGCGAAUGUUAUGAAGCUUACGCAAUUUACAACUUUCUGACGUUUCUUCUAAACUACCUGCGGCGAAAAGACCCCGAACUUGUUGAACAUUUAGCUCUCAAACCUCAAGUCAGGCAUAUUCCCCCGUUUUGCUGUUUCAGGCCCUGGCCAAUGGGAAGUUACUUCAUCGAGCGGUGCCGUCAUGGCGUUCUUCAGUACACUGUCAUUCGCCCUGUUACCACAAUUAUAGCGCUGAUUUGUGAAGUUUGCAAGGUCUACGGCGAAACCAACUUCAGUCCCAAGUACGCUUACCUCUACCUCACCGUGAUCAACAACGUCUCACAAGUUUGGGCACUCUACUGCCUCGUGCUAUUUUACCAAUGUACACGUACAGAACUGAAGGAGAUGAAUCCUAUUUCCAAGUUUAUUUGCGUCAAAUUCGUGGUUUUUAUGUCAUUCUGGCAGUCUGUUCUGAUAUCUAUUCUUGCUGCCUCUGGAAUAAUAGGUCGCGUAGAAGCAUGGAAAUUGUACGACGAGCGCUCGAUCGGGAUCGCACUCCAAAACUUCGCGAUCUGCAUUGAGAUGUUCAUCGCGGCCGUGGGACACCACUUCGCGUUCACCGCCGCACCCUACCAGGACGCGAGUGCCCCCAGAACCCCCUGCUGCUACUCCUGGUGGUCCAUGCUCGACGUCUCCGACGUGAAACGCGACGUUGUCCAGCACGUUCGGCAUGUC